AUGUCACAAUUCUACGAGCUUAGCGCUCUCAAAGGGCAGUCAGAAUAUCUGUUUUCACAGCUUCGUAACAAGGUCGUUUUGAUCGUCAAUGUCGCAUCUCUCUGUGGCUUCAGCCCCCAAUAUGACGAACUACAGCAUUUGUAUGAUGUUUUUCCCCACGAUGAGUUUGAAAUUCUUGCAUUUCCGUGUCAUCAAUUCGGCGAUCAAGAAUUGGAUAAUUUUGAUGACAUUCGCGAGUAUGUCGCCUCGCGCUUCAAGGUCUCGUUCCCUAUUUUGUCGCCGGUCCAAGUGAACGGAGAAAAGACCCAUCCGGUCUUUAAAUACAUCAAAGAAGGCAAAAGUGGAUUUUUGGGAUUCAAGGGGGUGAGAUGGAACUUUGAGAAAUUUCUCAUAGACCCCAAUGGUGUAGUUGUAGGUCGCUUUUUGUCGGGGGUCGCUCCAGCGCUGUUGGAACCUGUGAUUCAAAUGAUUCUAGACCGGAAAAGGGCCAACGAGAAAAGAGAACAAGAAAUUUCCGCUCCAAAGUCCACUUCCUCACUUUAA